CUUUUAUCAUUUUGCUCACAGAGAUCCGCUGCCCAAAGCUCAACAUGCUGGCUAACGGAGGCUACAAAUGCUCGGACGGCUCCUACUACAACUCUCGCUGCGAGUUCUUCUGUUCUGCUGGAUAUUCCAUGAAAGGCCAGAAAACAUCCGUCUGCCAGUACAACAAGGUGUGGAGCGCCGGAGUCCCCACAUGCAUCGAUAUUGAUCCCCCGAAAAUCAAGUGUCCCAAUGUGAAGGAUAAAUGGGCAGAACCAGGAAAACUGACGGCGAGGGUGACUUGGGACACACCUGAGGGCGUCGACACUGCAGACGGCAUCCUCACAGAUGUGACCCUGAAAGGGAAACCACCGAAAUCCGACUUCCCAGAAGGCCUUCAUAAGAUGUCCUACAGCGUGUUUGACCGGGCCGGGAACAAAGGGUCCUGCCGCUUCACCAUCAGAGUGCGAGUGCGUCGCUGCAGCCGCCUGUUCCCUCCAGACAACGGCUACAUGAAGUGCGACAGUGACGGAGACAACUAUGGCGCUUCUUGUCACUUCUCCUGCACCGGCGGCUCCGAGCUGCAGGGCAGCGCUGCCAGAGUGUGUCAGUCUGGACUCUCCUGGUCUGGUUUAGACACAACGUGUGCACCCAUGAACAUAAAUGUGGGGGUGCGUUCGGCCGCGGCGCUGCUGGACCAAUUCUACGAGAAGCGGCGGCUCCUCAUUAUCUCUGCGCCGACGGCUGCCAAUCACAAUUACCGUUUCCAGAUGACUAACCUGCAGCCCGCUCAGUGUGGACUGGACCUGAGACACGUCACCGUCAUUGAGCUGGUCGGGACGUAUCCAGCUCAAGUUGGCCGAAUCCGCCACAGGCUUCUCCCGCCUGGACUGGCCCUGCAGAUCAGGAUACUGCUCCGGAUCCCUCAGAGGUCGUUCCACAUGGUGCUGGUGGACAAGCAGGGCAUAGACAAACAGCGCUACCCGUUCCCCAUCACGGCAGCUGAGCUGUUCACCACCAUCGACACGUUUCCGCUCCGCAAGGACGAGAUGCUGCUGCAGCAGGAGGCGGGCCAGUUCUGUCAGUCGUAAAAAACAGGAGCCUCCCUUCGUGGAGCGUUGAUCUUUUUUGUUGCUCCACAGACACACGCAGCUCAGAUCAUCGUGUUUUGUGCCACACACUCCUCUCUGAAGUCCUCCUGUCCUGUAUCCAGUGUGUGUUUAUGUGUGUUUCUGCGUGUGAUCAAAGAUGUCUGGCAUGUUGCUGAUCUGAAGCUGGUCUGAGCAGAUCACACGGUGCUUUGCAGUCACAUCCAGGGCCGUCACUGUGUGUUUUAUUUUAUUUUUUUAUACAUUUUUUCAGAGCAGAAAUAUGAUUUACUAUUUUGUAAAAAAAAAAGAAAAAAAAAAUAAACUUUUGGAAAAUUUCUAUUCUUUGUAAUAUUUAUAUCUUACAUCUGACUUUGCGAUGUACUUUGAAUUCAUAAAACUAAUAAAAAGUGAGUAAUGCGGAG